GGAGAUUUUCUUUUUGAUCAUUCAUAAUAAACGCUGAACAGAAAUGAAUUUAAUCUCCACUAGUCUAUUGCUAUUUUUAUCUAUUGCAUCAUUAUCAAUUAUGCCAGUGGUAGUUACCGAAUUCAGUAAUCUUUAUAUUCCAAUUGAAUUUAAUGAAAAUAAUCAAAUGUUCCUUCGGUUGGAACAAUUUAAGCUUGUAUUGGAUAAGGACGAUCAGUUGACAGUGAAAGAUGGUGAUUGUGUAACAACAGUGGAUUUGGCUGCACCGAAUGCCAAAGAAAUUAAAGCUCACAAAGCACAUAGGCAAGUGACAAGAAUAUGUACAUCAUGGUAUAGCAAAAACGUGGCAAAAAAGUCUAAUUCAACCGUUAAAAUGUAGUACAUUUGACUAAAAUGUGAAAAUUUUACUUUGCGAAAAACAUUUCAAUAAAACUGAUUAUUG